UGUCCCCUCCGUGUUGUUCCUUGACACCGGCCGUCCAGCAGCAGAUCCCCACAGAGCAGCCUCGACUGCCGGAUUCACAGACCCCCAGCUCCCCUCCUCCAGUUUCUGUUUCCGCCGCAGCCUUUUCUCCUCUAUUUUACCCCCGGAGCGGCGGAUCUGUGCGGCCGCCGGACCCCGGCGAACCCCGUCAAGGAUGCAACACCAAUAGAAGAAUCCUGUGGGACUGGAAGGCAACAACAAGACGGUGUGGGAGAAACCCGGGUCAACGCGGAGCUGGGUGGAGGGGAGAAGACGACAAUCGCGCCAUCACAACACAGACUUCUCACCAUGUUAGCCAUGCUUUAGCACACACAGGAAGGACUAGUUCAUCUCUGGAGAAACACCAUCUGCCUUUUAUCAAACACUCCAGAGCCACAAUUGCACGCAUCUCCCUCUCAUCCGUCAUUUACUGAGUGCCGCCCCCUGCAAAGAUGCCGAUGCCAAGGUUGAUGCUGGGGCACUUGUGGUGACGGGGGCACAGAGUGUGUGCGCACAUCCGGCAGGCAGGCCGGUGGGUCGGUGGGUGUACAGGCACACCAAGAGGCUUUUUCAAGGGUGGGCGUGGUUGAACCAUGCGGCCCUGGGCGGGGUCAUGGCGUUGGAUUACCCUGGUGCUGCUGGCCUGGGGCACACUCCUCUUCUACAUCGGCGGCCACUUGGUGAGGGACAGCGACCAUCCGGAGCGGUCCAGCCGGGAGCUCUCCAAGAUCCUGGCCAAGCUAGAGCGGCUCAAGCAGCAGAAUGAAGACCUGCGGCGCAUGGCCGAAUCGCUCAGGAUACCAGAGGGUCAGGCGGAAGCCGGGUCCUUGGCCGCCGGGAGACUACGCUCUUUGGAGGACCAGCUAACCAGAGCCAAAGAGAAGAUCCACAGCUUCCAGAAACUCACUGGAGACGGCCCUGGCCCCACUCAGGAGGAGCUGCGGAGAAGGGUGGAGAACGGCGUGAAGGAGUUCUGGUACUUUGUCCGCAGCGAGGUGAAGAAAUUGACCACCGUCGAGCCCGGAGAGAGGCAGAAGUACGCCGACACACUCCUGCAGGACAUGGGACACCAGGAGAGGUCCAUCAUGACAGACUUGUACUACCUCAGCCAGGCGGACGGAGUGGGCGAGUGGAGAGUGAAGGAGGCUAAAGACCUGUCGGAUCUGGUCCAGAACAGAAUCACCUACCUACAGAACCCCCCAGACUGCAGUAAGGCGAGAAAGCUGGUGUGCAACAUCAAUAAGGGCUGUGGUUAUGGCUGCCAGCUCCACCACGUCGUCUACUGCUUCAUGAUCGCUUAUGGCACCCAGCGCACGCUCAUCCUCGAGUCCCACAACUGGCGCUACGCCCCCGGCGGCUGGGAGACGGUCUUCCUUCCCGUCAGUAACACGUGCACCGACCGCUCCGGGGCCACCACUGGACACUGGUCAGGCGAGGCCCACGAUAAGGACGUCCAGGUAGUGGAGUUGCCCAUCGUGGACAGCCUCCACCCUCGGCCCCCUUACCUGCCCUUGGCGAUUCCCGAGGACCUGGCCCCACGCCUGCAGCGGCUGCACGGCGACCCCUCCGUCUGGUGGGUGUCCCAGUUUGUCAAGUACCUGGUGCGCCCUCAGGCCUGGCUGGAGAAGGAGAUCCAGCAGACCACCGCCAAGCUGGGCUUCAAACAUCCCAUCAUCGGCGUCCACGUGAGGAGGACGGAUAAAGUGGGGACCGAGGCGGCCUUCCAUCCCAUAGAGGAGUACAUGCUGCAUGUGGAGGAGCAGUUCCAACAUCUGGCCCGACGCGUCCACAUCGACAAGAAACGAGUUUACCUGGCCACCGACGACCCCUCCCUGCUGCAGGAAGCUAAAACCAAGUAUCCAGAAUACGAGUUCAUCAGCGAUAACUCCAUCUCGUGGUCGGCAGGCCUCCACAACCGCUACACUGAGAACUCGCUGAGAGGCGUCAUCCUGGACAUCCACUUCCUGUCCCAGACCGACUUCCUGGUGUGCACUUUCUCCUCACAGGUUUGCCGUGUGGCCUACGAGAUCAUGCAGAUGCUGCAUCCGGACGCCUCCUCCUUCUUCUACUCCCUGGACGACAUCUACUACUUCGGAGGCCAGAACGCCCACAACCAGAUCGCCGUGUUCCCGCACCAGCCGCGCAACAGCGAGGACAUUCCCCUGGAGCCCGGCGACGUGAUCGGCGUGGCGGGCAACCACUGGGACGGAUACUCCAAAGGCAUCAACCGCAAACUGGGCCGCACUGGCCUCUACCCCUCCUACAAGGUCAAAGAGAAGAUCGAGACUGUGAAGUACCCGACGUACCCCGAGGCGGACAAACUGCUCACCUCUCAGAAGAAGUAAAAGAAGAAAUGAACAAAAUUAAAAAAUAAAAUAAAAUAAAGGAAGCGAAGGAGUGAGGAGAAACACGCAGACUCCGAUUCCAGGGAAGGAGGCUGCUUUUGUACAGAGGAGAGAGAGACAUACUUAGUGCACUAAGCUGAGAAGAAAAGAAAAAGCCUGUACCCAGGGGUGAUAGGAAUGAGAAUGCACUGUGUGUUUAUGCCUGAGAGCGUAUGUGAGCGAGAGUGUGUGUGAGAGCGUGUGUGUGUGUUCAGGCGAACGUGCGUGCACUUGUGUAAAUGCCUGUGCAUAUGUCGGGUCAUGGAAGACUUGCACCCCACCACUACUCCCCCGCCUGGCGCUCUGACGCCCGGUCUGUAGAGAUGUAGACGUGAACAUUGAUUUUAAGUAAAAAAAAUUGGGAAAAAAAAAACCGCGAGAAAACAAUUAAAAAAUCCACACGAAUGACCGAGCUCACUCUCCCGUGACGCCACCGGGGGACGAACUGAACGACUGGCACGCUUCACGCCCGGGAGUGAGCUUCGAAUCGAUGACUGAAAAAAAAGACUAAUGACAAACUGGAAGAAUCUGAUUUUUAUUUAAUUCUUUUCACUGGUUUUGAUUCUAAUCUUUGCCUUUUUAUUUUUUUUGGGGGGGUUCUUCGUCUCCUGGUUUAUUGUUUACUGAAUGUACUGUAUCCUCCUCUUGCCAUGCUCACCGCUGCCCCCCCCCCGCUCUCUCCCCUCGACUCCUGCGCCACUCACUGUACUUCCUCCAUCUUGUCUCUACAUGUGCAAUUAAUUUUAUAAUACCAUACUGUGCUUUUAUUGCGUGUUUUUAACGGUCUUAAUUUUUGGUGUGUGUGUGUGUGUGUGUGUGUGGGGCUUGUGCAUUCUAAACUGUACAGUGUGUGUGUGUGAAACGACAAAAUGCGUGUGUGUGCCUGUCUAAGGGGCCAUGUGACGACCUGGUGCCUGGUUGUGUGUGUGUGUGUGUGUGUGUUUUUAUUCCUGGCUUUUCCUCCUGACUGAAUCGUGUUUGUGUGGCCGGCAGCGGGAGACUGGCGGUGACAGCGGCGGGGGGGGGAAACUGUCCUCACUCCACCCCACCCCCUUACCCCCACCCCACCAGCACUUGGAACAAGGGUGAUCUCCAGUCGCUGCGCUGGUGACCUCUAGUGAACAAUGGUGAGAUUUUUUGAGGAGUGCGGUGGAACUCGCGGUGCACGCACGCACACACUCACAGAAACAGGAAGCCGUCCUGAGGCUUCACCGAAAGCACUCCACUGAGAUACUGUCUCUUCUGUCCAUCUCUCUGUUUGUUCUUUUUUUUUUUUUUUUUUUUACUUUGCUGUUUUAAAAAAAAAAAACGAGGAAAAAUCUGUUUAGAAAUGAUGAUGCUAUGUCGAAUCAAAUCUCAGAGUCCUCCCUCCACCCCUCCACCCUCCACCCACACCAUGAAGGCUUUUUUUCAUAACUUAUGUUCUUGGGCAUUGUCUUUGAUAACCACAGAUCGAAUAAACUUGAGAAACCAA